AUGUCGACGAGCAACGAUCGCACACUCUUUCGAAACCUCAACUACAGGUCCGACAUCGAGUACGUGGUAAAGGUAGCCAAGACCUUGUUAACACCCGUCGGUAUUUGGCCGCUUUACCGCGGUAACUCCACUUCCGAUAGAAUCAAGACUUUCCUGCAGACUAGCGUAAUAUUCAGUUUGAUGUGCUUUCUGCUCGUUCCGCACGUGAUAUACACCUUCUUCGAUGCGGAGGACUUGACCAAAUACAUGAAAGUUAUUGCCGCUCAGGUGUUUAGUCUGCUCGCCAUCAUCAAGUUCUGGACGAUAAUUAUCAAUAGAGAGGGCAUCAGGUAUUGCUUGCAACAGAUGGAGAUACAGUACAGAGAUGUGGAAUGCGAGGAGGAUCGACUGGUGAUGAUGAAGAACGCCAAAAUCGGCAGGCUCUUCACGGUGAUUUUUGUGGGAUUAUCAUACGGCGGCGCACUGCCUUAUCACAUCAUCAUGCCGUUGUUGGCGGACAGAAUUGUGAAGGAAGACAACACGACGCAGAUACCUCUACCGUAUCUGAGUGAUUACAUCUUCUUCGUGGUGGAGAACUCGCCAUUCUACGAAAUCCUCUUCGUCUCGCAAAUCCUGAUCAGCAGCAUCAUCCUCUCCACGAAUUGCGGCGUUUACAGUUUGAUCGCCAAUUGCGUGAUGCACAGUUGCUGCUUGUUCGAGGUUGUUCGCAGGCAAAUAGGGAUGGUCCUCAACGAUGGGACCAAUCACUUGCACGAACGACUCGGCCGAGUAAUUGAAAAUCAUAUGCGAGCCAUCAGAUUCGCUGAGAUGAUUGAAAAAUCAUUGAACGUCGUUUUUUUAUGCGAAAUGGUUGGGUGCACUGUUAUUAUAUGUUUCUUGGAAUUUGGAGUAAUCAAGGAAUGGGAAGACGGAGAAAUCUUAGGUAUGAGCACGUAUUUCGUUCUAAUGACAUCGAUGUUCGUGAACGUCUAUAUUAUAACAUUCAUCGGUGAUCGUCUUAAAAAAGAGAGCGAGAAGGUAGGAGAAUCGUCAUAUUACAUCGAGUGGUAUGCCUUGCCAACAAAAAUCGUAAGCGAUUUAAUCUUGAUGAUGACAAGAUCAAGCCGCCCGUCAACGUUGACCGCUGCAAAAAUAUUUGACCUCUCUCUUCAAGGAUUCUGCGAGGUCUGCAAAACGUCAGCGGCGUACUUCAAUUUUAUACGAGCGCUGACUGUAUAA